GUAUUGCUAAUGUUCCACAGAGAGAGAGAGAGAGAGAGAGAGAGAAGAUGGAAGUAGCAAAGGUGAUCAGCUCUGCAUACAACUUUAAAAAUAAGGGCAACGAUAAAGAAAUUAUGCUUCCAGGUUUUCGAUUUCAUCCAACCGAUGAAGAGCUUGUUGGGUUUUAUUUGCUCAGAAAGGUGGAGAAGAAACCAAUCAGUAUUGAACUCAUCAAACAAAUUGACAUAUACAAAUAUGAUCCAUGGGAUCUUGCAAAAGAAGACAUUACAAACGCUGGGGACAAGGAGUGGUAUUUCUUCUGCAUAAGAGGGAGGAAAUAUAGGAACAGCAUCAGACCUAACAGAGUCACAGGGUCUGGAUUCUGGAAAGCCACAGGCAUUGAUAAGCCCAUAUACUCAGUCCACGAACCUCGUGAAUGCAUUGGCCUCAAGAAGUCCUUAGUCUACUAUCGUGGAAGUGCUGGUAAAGGUACUAAAACUGAUUGGAUGAUGCACGAGUUUCGCCUUCCACCAAACGGUACUACUAAAAGUAGCAACCAGCUCAGGAAUGCCAGCAAUAUUGCUCAAGAAGCUGAAGUAUGGACACUUUGCCGAAUAUUCAAACGUGUCGCAUCUUAUAAAAAGUAUCCAACCAAUUGGAAAUUGGAAACCUCGAGCAAACAAAAUCAGACAGAUUCAUGUUCCAAACCAUGUAGUUUGGAGUCUGACAAUGACAACAAGGAGCUAUGCAUUAGUUUUGAAGACUCGGUCCUUCAACAAAGUGACGAAAGAAAACCGUUCAUCCAACAGUUUGAUGAAAGAAACCACCAUUGUUUUGAGGGACAGUACUUGAACUCUGCAACCACCCAAUUUCCAUUUCCAUCAUCCUACUCAAGUUUUAGGUACCCAAGCGCAGAUGAUUAUUUCUUUUCAAACGGAAGCUGGGAUGAGCUAGGACCAGUGGUUCAGCUAGCCAAUGAUCCAUCACAAGUUUACAUAUGACUGUAGAUAAUUAUAUAGAUGUUCAUAGAGCUGUGACUUGUUCAUUUUUACUUUUUCUUUAAUUUAGCUCUUGGGUUAACUGUAGUUCAUAUAAAUAUUUGUUUAGCGAUCGCCAGUGACAGACAGUUUUUUUAAAGAGAGAUACUGCAUGUUCAUCAU